AUGGAGCUAGCCGAUCCUUCGUUGGACCUUGCCGGCGUGCGGGCCUGGCUGAGUGCGCUGCAGCAGUCCAUUGACCAAGUCGAGGCACUGCGUGAACUUCGCUUGGAUCAUGCGAACUUGCGUCGCGAGUUCCUGGCUACACGACGCCGUGCAGAGGAUCUGGAUCGUCAGCUCGCCGACGCGGCCAAUGCUGCGUCGCCGUAUGGACUUUUUUUGUCAGCUCAAAUACGACUUGGUCCGCCACCAGUUGGAAUCUACCCAGGCGAAGCUCGUUAA